AUGGGUCCAGCAGGUGUCAACACUGAUCUGUGCGGGCAAGAUGACGGCUCGGAUCGAUGGGACCCGCUUGAUCAAAGUGAUCGCCUAUCGCAGAUGUCGUACUUGCGGCCGACCGACGAAUCGCGGAAGAUAUGGGGCGGCCCAGGUACUCACAUAGCCGAGUCGAGCGUGGCUGCAUGGCUUGCCAUAGCGCGUGGCAAAACCCGUAUCAAAAUGUCCGAUGGGAGUGGAUUUUCUUGUGGCGUGCUAGGAGCUGGACGAGUCGGCCCUGCGGGCCUUCAGCCCCAACGUCUUGUCGUUUGUUCUUUGCAUCGUCCUGACGACGUUCACCCCUAUCAUGGCUCAAGCCUCGGAGCCCAGUGGGGCGAUGAGGGCAAGGGCAAACUUGUCGACAUCCUUGCAGCGGACGCAGAUGUCUGCGCCCGCUGCGCCGGCGGCAACAACGCCGGUCACACCAUUGUUGUUAAGAAUGACAAGGGCGAGAAGACCACCUACGCCUUCAACCUCCUUCCUUCGGGUCUGAUCAACCCCAAGGUUGAGGCUUUCAUCGGCUCUGGUGUCGUUGUCCACGUCCCUUCGCUCUUCAACGAGCUCGACACUCUCGAGCGCAAGGGACUCAAGGUCGCUGACCGUCUGUUCAUCUCGGACCGUGCGCACCUUGUGAUGGGCUUCCACCAGAUCGUCGACGGUCUCAAGGAGAUCGAGCUUGGUGGCUCGUCUAUUGGCACCACCAAGAAGGGCAUUGGUCCCGCUUACUCGUCCAAGGCCUCGCGCUCGGGUCUCCGUGUUCACCACCUCUACGACCCGACGUUCCCCGCCAAGUUCCGCAAGCUUGUCGAGGGACGUUUCAAGCGUUACGGCCAUUUCGAGUUCGACACUGAGGGCGAGAUCGAGAUGCUUCAGGCUUUCGCCGAGCGUCUCCGCCCCCACGUCGUCGACGGCCCCACCUGGCUGCACAAGAAGCUUGCCGCUGGCAAGAAGGUCCUUGUCGAGGGUGCCAACGCGCUCAUGCUCGACAUUGACUACGGAACUUACCCAUUCGUGACCUCGUCCAGCACCACCAUUGGCGGUGUCUGCACUGGUCUUGGUAUUCCUCCCUUCGCCAUCAAGCGUGCCGUUGGUGUCAUCAAGGCCUACACCACCCGUGUCGGUGGCGGACCCUUCCCCACCGAGCAGCUCAACGACGUCGGUACCACCCUCCAGGAGGUGGGUGCCGAGUACGGUACCGUUACCGGCCGUCGUCGUCGCUGCGGCUGGCUCGACCUUGUUGUCUGCCGUUACUCUACCAUGAUCAACGGCUACACCUCGAUCAACCUCACCAAGCUUGACGUCAUGGACGGCUUUGACGAGAUCAAGGUCGCCACCGGCUACAAGCUCGACGGUGUUGAGAUUGAGGGCUUCCCUGCCGACCUUGACCGCCUCGCUGAGGUCGAGGUUGUCUACGAGACCCUCCCCGGCUGGAAGUCUGACAUUACCGGCAUCCGUAGCUUCGAGGCUCUCCCCGAGAACUGCAAGAAGUACGUUCACUUCAUCGAGAACUACCUUGGUGUCAAGGUUCAGUACAUUGGUGUCGGCCCUGCUCGCGAGAGCACCAUCACCGUCUACUAG